AUGCCGAAGCGGAAGAUCAAGGAAGUAGUAGUCGUCGAGCGAGAGGACUCGGAUCUGUCACCGCCCCCGGAUGACCUACUGGAGGGAGGGCGCAAGACCAAGGCCGAAAAGGAAGCCGAAUUGGUCUCGAUGCCACUCGCGCCUCGCACCCUCAACCACACCCUCUUCAUCGGCGCCCACAUCAGCAGCGCCGGCGGCGUGCACAACUCCCCUCUCAACGCCGUCCAGAUUGGCGCCAACGCUUUCGCUCUAUUCCUCAAAUCCCAGCGCAAAUGGACCAACCCGGACUUGCAAGACGAGCAUUGCUCCACCUUCCACGCCCGUUGCAAAGACCACGCCUACGAUCAAGCCAAAUAUGCAGUACCGCAUGGCUCCUACCUCGUCAAUCUCGCGCACACAGAAAAGGCACGAACAGAGCAAGCCUACGACGCCUUCCUCGACGAUUUACGGAGGUGUGAGAGGCUGGGGAUAAAGUUGUACAACUUCCACCCGGGCAACGUGCAAUGCCACGACCGCGGCAAAGCCAUCGCCCACCUCGCCGCGAACCUCGACCGCGCCCACGCCGCCACAGCGGGCAGCGGCAUCAUCACCUUGCUGGAAAACAUGGCCGCGGGCGGCAACGUGCUGGGAAGUACCUUUGAAGACCUACGUGACAUCAUCGCCCUCACGACCGACAAGAGUCGCGUGGGAGUGUGUCUGGAUACCUGUCAUGCCUUUGCGGCGGGGUAUGAUCUUCGCUCCCCGACCGCCUUCGCGGCGACAAUGUCCGCCUUCGAUUCCAUCGUCGGACUGCGAUAUCUCCGCGCGAUGCACAUCAACGACAGUAAAGCGCCUUUCGCCUCGCACAAAGACCUCCACGCCAACAUCGGGACGGGAUUCCUCGGCCUCCGCGCCUUUCAUAACAUAGUUAACUUCCCUCCUUUCGCCGGCCUGCCUUUGAUCCUGGAAACGCCCAUCGAUGUCCGCGACGACGAGGGGAAGUAUAUCAAGGAAGUCAAGGGGAAGGCGAAGACGGAGGUGAAUGUGGAGGAUAAAUCCAUCUGGGCGCGGGAGAUCAAGUUGUUGGAGAGUCUGGUGGGGAUGGAUGUGGAGGGUGAGGAGUUUUUGAUGUUGGAGGGGAGGUUGGCGAGGCAGGGGGAGCCGGAGCGGAGGAGGUUGGUGGAGCAGAUUGAGAGGGUGAGGGAGAAGAAGGAGAGGCUUGCGAAGAGCCCGCGGAGGAAGCGGAAGAAGAAUGGGGAGGUUGAGGCAGUGGUGGAUGGGGAGGUGGAUGGGGCUGGAGAGGAGGAGGGAGAGUCGGAGCUUAGUGAGCUUGAGGAGGAGGAGAUUGAGGGGUUGGACAGUGAACCUGAACCAGGUGAUGGUGAUGAGACGCAGCGGAGCGAUGGCUAG